AAGUGUCUUAUAUAUUAUUUUUGUUUUUAGGCAUAAGUCAAAAUUUAGCAAACACUGAAAAACGCUCAGCUUUAAAAAGAGUGGUAAGGAGUACAUUUGGACAAAUUACUACUACCUACAGUCAACAGAUGAAAACUUUAAUAAUAGCAAAUUGUGUUGAAAAUGGAUUUGUAGAUGUUGAAGACGAUUUACGGCAAGCAUUCGAAGAAUUUGAAGUAUGUGCUCAAAAGAGAAGAUUGUACGUGGAUACUAAGGAGGACUAUCUAAAAAGUCUUGAAGAAUGCAGUGCAAUACCUACAAAGAAAAUAAAAAGUUGUCUGACAAAGGAACAAAGCUAUUUCCCGACUUUCUUUUGAAUAUGGCAAGAAAACAGGUUGAGGUGGGAUAUAAUGAUCGUGACAUAAUAAUAAUUUACUUGACUCCUUGUAUGAAGGUUUUUGAAAGAUUUGAUGUAUCGUACAGAUACCUAACAUGUCUAUCAGAUACUUCUAGAAGAACAAAUGAUACCGCUAGAAUUCCCGACUCCGUUGAAACAUUCUGUUCACGAGUUUUACCUGCCGUGGAAUGUAUGACUGAUAUUCUGGAUAAAGAAUGUAGCCAGUAUCCACAAGUAAAGCAAUAUACUGAAGAUAAUCUCCAUGCGAAUGAAUAUGCAUGCCAUCAGAAAUAUGAUUAA